CUGAGGACCUGCUAUCCUCAUUCCCCUGCAGAUAUUCACCUCCGAGUGCAACAUGCAGGAACCACACACACACACACAUGCAUCAUGCUCCUUUAUUCACAGACAGCAGGACUUGUGUUAUGUAAGGAAUAAAACACUGUGAGUGUCGUGCUGUUAGAGGGAGAUCAUCCACAUCAGGGUGGUCACUCUUUCCACCAUCAGCUUGAUUAUUUUCCUCUGACCGCACAACACACAGCGUUUUAAUCCUCUCAAGUCACGCAAACUGACCAGUGUUUUGUUUAUUAGAGAAACUUUUUAGUUCUGAGUUUCAGUUACAGCAGAUAGAAGCACUGCUUCCUUCACCAGCCUCUGAUUAUCCUCACGAAAAUGGCAGCUGGUCAAACCGCAAAUCACCGGAAACUCCUCUGACCCGAAGACGCCUGAAAACUUAGGGCUUUUUACCUCUGAGUGUUACAGAGCUCUGACACUGGAGACUCCUUCCAUUAAUGCUACACAAACGUCUCCUCAUCAUUUAAAUCUGUUCCUUACUCUCUUUACGAGUCCCUGUGAGCGGGCUGUUGCUAUAGAAACGAAGCUGCUGUUUCUGCCGUCUGUCAUUGUUUUAAAGUCUGUAAAUUUUUAAUAAUUCUGUCGUUUUAGAAAAGUACCGCUCAUAAACUGCGACUCUGGGCGUUAACAUGCGACGGAUCUCCUUCCUUCCUUUUUAUUCAUUUCAUGCUUUUCUUUACAUUUUUCUGGUCUGGAAACUUCCCCCGCCCCCUAGCAUGAAACAUUCUCUGAAGCCCCACCCCCUUUUAGGCACGUAGUCGUAGCAGGUGUGGGUGGAGUCUGCUACUGAGCGUUACGCAGUUAUCUUAAUGUGCAGUUUACUUCAUUAGCAGCAGAGGCACUAAACUCGACACACUGCUCCUUUAAAAUAACAACUGACCACAACACUCAUGAAGUGAGUCCAGCAAGCGCUAGUUCAGUUAGUUAGCUAGUUAGUUAGUUAGUUAAUGUAACACUAGCUGCUAGCUAUAUAUUGUUAUCCAACCAGCUGUUUACGUUCAGCUAGCCUCCUUCAGUGUCUCUCGUUGCAUGCUAGCUAGCGUAUUUUUACUCGGUCACACGAGCGUGAUGGACAUGUCGCGUGGCUAGCCGUAUUUCCUAUCAGUACAUUUGGAUUAAAAUCAUUUUCAACAAAUCUUUCCUCUUUCAUAACUUUUCUUUUCUUGCUGUGGUUUUAGGACCAGUGUUUUGAGCUAGCGAGGUUGUUUUAGACAAGCUAAAGACAAGAGUUCACUAAACAGCUAACCUUCUGAUUGGAUUAGCAUGGUGUGCUACGCUCUACUGUCAGAGAUUCCAAUAUUUUAAAACAAAACAGAUUUAACGCAGCUUACAUCUCUCAUGUUGACUGUUUGCAAUGUUUUUAUUAUUGGUUAGUUGUUUAUUUUUCUGUUCUGUGGAGUAGAAUAGUUAGCAUUAUUGUGGAAUGCUAAUUAUACACCAAGUUAAUUAGCCCAGCUUUUUAAUAAAGACCUAGCUUCUGUUUGGAAAGAAGAUCGGUCCAGUCUGGUGCUGUCAUGAUCAUGGUGUUUACAGGAAUGUACUAUGUGUGUGUGUUCAUAAAGCUAGCUUUCUAGCAGCCGUGAUGCACAGCAUGCAUGGAGAGUGCGUGUGUGGAGCUGCACCGUGGGCCUCGAAACAGGCCUGACGCUCCGCUUCACGACAGAACACACUCCACUUGUUGCUAUGAGACGAGCUGGUGUGUGUGUGUGUGUGUGUGUGUGCGUGCUUCUUGAGUGCACAGUGGCCUUGCUGCUUUCCCAGCCUGUGUUAUGGAGGAGGUGAGGACGGAGAGCAGGAAAACAAGCGAUAAGAGAAGGGGGAAGAGGAGAGACAGAGAGAGAGAGAGAGAGAGAGAGAGAAGGAAAGGGAUAGUGACAGGGAAAGAGAGAGAGAGAGAGAGAAAAGGAAAGGGAGAGUAAGAGGGAAAGUAAAAGAGACGGAGAGAGAGAGGGAGUGGGGGGGUGAGAGAGGGAGAGAGAUGGAGAGAGAGAGAGAGAGAGAGAGAGAGAGAGGAGGAGGAGGAUUUGGAGAUGUGUAAUGUUUAUAAAAUCCCUCUGUAGAUGGUAGCUCAUGUUGAAACGGUUCAUGACUCAGUGUUUUUGUCGGCCAUGUUGGGGAAGUUUAUGAUAUUGAGUAAACGCUGAAACACAGAGCUUCAUCAACACUUUUACUUCCUGUUCACUUCACAGGUUUAUUCUGUGUCAUGGACAAUAGAACCCUGAUCUACAUCACUGAGUCACAGACACACUCAGGCUGUGGACUACAUCGUGUCUCUGAUCUCUCCGGCGCAGAGACAUCAUGAGCGUUUGACCCUGUGGCUCCAGCGUCGUCUUCGUGAGCCGGAGAGCUCCGAGGCCCGAGAGCAUGCGCCCGAGCUGAUGGAGGACGAGGAAGGAGAGGAAGAAGGGAGUAGCUCGGAGAGCGAAGGAGAGAGACGGAUUGCAGGAAGAGGACACGGAGGAGCAGGAGGAGGAAGAGGAAGGAAACCCGAGCUGGUGAUGGCGACUAAACCUCACCGCCAGUUAUGUCGCUCUCCGUGUCUGGACCGUCCGAGUUUCAGCCAGAGCAGCACGCUACAGGAACUGCGCGCUGAUGAUUCUCUGGCCACUCCCACUUCCUCAUCACUGACACCACCCACCUCCUCAUUGGGCCACACCCCUUCAGAUCGGGACUACCAGAGUAAAAUGGAGUUUGCGCUGAAGCUAGGCUACUCCGGCGAGCAGGUGGAGGCUGUGCUGAGCAAACUGGGACCGAGCGCACUUACUAAUGACGUCCUGGCUGAACUCGUACGUCUCGGGAAUAAAGGAGAAAUCGAAACACAAACGCAGACACAAACGUCCACAGGACUAACGCCAACGGGGUUAACGCUAACCCCACGCGGCUCUGGAGCGAAAGAGGCCGUGAGUCCUGAAGCGUCACUCGAGGAGGAGACAAACGACACGUACGAUAACCUCCGACCCAUCGUUAUAGACGGAUCCAACGUAGCCAUGAGCCAUGGAAACAAAGAGGUUUUCUCAUGCCUGGGCAUCCAGUUGGCGGUCGACUGGUUCCUGGAGCGAGGACACAAAGACAUCACAGUGUUCGUACCGGCGUGGAGGAAAGAACAGUCCCGACCCGACGCACCUAUAACAGAUCAGGAAAUCCUUAGGAAGCUGGAGAAAGAGAAGAUCCUCGUCUUCACUCCUUCACGUCGAGUCCAGGGACGACGGGUUGUUUGUUACGACGACCGCUUUAUCGUUAAAUUGGCAUGCGAUUCAGAUGGCAUCAUCGUGUCGAAUGAUAACUAUCGAGAUCUUCAGAAUGAAAAACCAGAGUGGAAAAAGUUUAUCGAGGAACGGCUUCUCAUGUACAGUUUUGUCAAUGACAAGUUUAUGCCACCGGAUGACCCGCUAGGCCGACAUGGCCCAAGCCUGGAAAACUUCCUCCGCAAGCGACCUGUCGUCCCGGAGCACAAAAAGCAGCCAUGUCCUUAUGGUAAAAAGUGCACAUAUGGUCACAAGUGCAAGUACUACCACCCAGAGAGAGCAGCGCAGCCUAUACGAUCUGUCGCAGACGAACUCCGGGCUUUCGCCAAGCUGUCUGCUGUCAAGACCAUGAGCGAAGGUGCUCUCGCAAAAUGCAGCAUGUCUGGUGCCACUGCAAAAGGAGAUUGUUCUGAGGUAAAACGAGUGGCACCAAAACGUCAGUCGGACCCGAGCAUCCGUUCCGUGGGCUGCGAGCAGGAGGAGCGGCUCUGUCCGGCUCGGAAAGCUGAAGCUAGCUCGGUUCCAUCUUUAGUGACGGCUCUUAGCGUCCCGACCAUGCCACCGACAAAAAGCCAUGCAGCCGGGGCAUUGAACACUCGUUCCGCUAGUAGCCCGGUACCGGGGUCACUUCACUUCACACACAGCUCGCUAGAACAUGCUGGAAGCAUCCAAUAUCCUCCGAUCUUGGUCACCAACAGCCAGGGUGCCUCCGUGGCAUACAGUGAACCUUUUCCCAAAUACGAUUCUGUAGUUAGUGACCAUGGGUAUUAUUCAAUGCUGAGCGAUUUCUCCACCAUGAGCUUAGGAAGCAUGCAAGACAGCUUCUGUAGCUUAGAACAGCCAGAUCCGGUCGGAGUUGGAGGAGGAUAUCCUGGUCGAGCUUCCAGCAUUUGUCCUGAAUCUGGACGCAGCCACUCUUCAGACUCGUUCUCCUCCUACGGUGGAGAGAUGUACUCCAUGGAAGGUAGCUUGGAUGAUGGGAUGAAGGUUCCACCAUCAGUGCAAUCCCAAGUGCAAUCACAAGUACAGUCCCGCUUGCAAGCAUUUGCUCAUGGGUUUCACCAUGAGGCUUUGACGAGAGUCCAAAGUUAUGGCACGGAUGAACCCAAACCGGGGCCACGCAAACAAUCCUCGGCCCACCUCGUGCCUCACGCACAGCACCCAGUGGUUGGAGCGCGAUCCAGUUGCCCGGGUGACUAUCCUCCACUUCCCCAGAACGUGUUGCCUUCGUCUGGCCCUGCUCAGCCAGGCCGAUCCUUGGGAAUGACACGAAUGGACAGCAUUUCAGAUUCCCGCCUUUAUGAAAGUAACCCCCUCCGGCAGCGCCGGCCCCCUCUGUGUCGAGAGCAACAUGCCAGCUGGGAUCCCUUACCGUGUGGGAACGAGCCUUACGGGUACGGAGGUUACGGAUUGACGGGAGGACUCAUGCCUUGCUGCGAACGAGUGAUGGUUCGGAGUAUGCCGGAAAAGAUGGAACAGAUUUGGAGGUCACCGUGGGAUACGCCCCCAGGACCUCACGGACCGGUGGAACCGCAAGAGCGCCAUCCGAUCCCUGAACAUCAGUACCAGACUUACCGAAACCUCUGCAAUAUCUUCCCAGCAUACGUAGUCCACUCGGUCAUGGAGAAGAAUCCUCAUAUGACGGAUCCUCAGCAGCUAGCUGCAGUUAUCGUAACGAAACUAAGGUCCUCUCAUUGAGCAAAUGAAGGAGAAGCAGCACAACGUUUUACACAUUUAUGUUUUUUUUGUUUUCCAAAACCGGAUCUACACAGCCAGUCACAUGAAAGAUAGAAUUCCUUAUUCCUCUUUUUUUUUAAAUCACUCUGGUGAGCUUUUCCGUGUCCCAGUGUAACUCUUUUCUUUGCAUUGGCACCAUGAUUCAGAUGACCAAUGCUACAUCACGUAGCAUGAUUCUGGGUUGAGAGGUUUGAUGAUAGGCCUCGUACCAAGGUUCUGAAGAAUGAAGUUUGUUGUUUGACAAAGGUGUAUUAAGCAAUUCAAUCCUUCAUAUUCAUAACUUUCAGGUUUGAAUUUAGGCAAAAAAACACUUACAAGACCUGAGUCUAGGUCGACGAUAACCAGCUGUUUUUAUUUUAUAGCUAAUUUAUAGUGCUGUAUUUUCCAGAAAAUACUUAAUAUUUAACUCUAUAAAACCUCUACCACUCUGACUGUCUGUCAGAGAAAAAAAAGCUACACGUUUCUUUGUUGUAUUUGAUUACAAUUAGGCUCAUGUACAAAUUAUACAGUCAAGAGAAUGUCUUAUUCUCUGGAAAAUACAGUAAUGUUACCAAUCUCAGUCAUUUUAUCUCAUGAAGAGCAUUAGUAGUUUUAUGUUAAACAUAUAUAAUAUUAUUAUUAAAUUUAAUUCUUAGGAAAGAAAUCCUUUGAAACAGCCUGUAGGAUCAGAAACGGUUGUGAUACGAGUACAAUUAGGAAUUCACUUGCACCAGUGUAAAUAUUGUGACUGUGCAAUUAUCUUCUGUUUUUUGUUUUGUUUUGUUUUGGGAUUUUUUUGCCUCGUGAAAAGGUAAAAACGUGAAAUUUCCGAAAGGAGCGUUAACUCUGGAGUACCUCAAAGCAUGAACUUUGACCUUUUUAAACUUUUAUGGCCUUACAUCGUGUGACCUCACCACAAGUGUGUUAACGUGAUAUAUAUAAAUAUAUAUAUUUUUCUGAUGGUCGUCGAGGUCACCGUGUGUGUUUAGUAUUUAAGCACUAGCGGUUAUUUAGAGCAAUUAUUUUCCUGUGUUAGCGAUACCACUUUGCAAAGACUACCUUUUGGUAUUUGGAGUGAAACGCCGCCGACCUGCCAAAAAAAAACAAACAAAAAAAGCAAACAAACAGCAUCCCUAUUUCCUCACUCGCACUAAGCCAUUUUAAAAAAUGAUAUCACGCUGCUUAAGCAAGGCCAAAAAGAUAAUCAGUGUGUGUUUGAGUUGAGUGUUACAAAAGAUGCUAGCUAGUAGCUAGCAUUAUAUAGCCUGUUAGACGUGUUUAUUGUGCCGUAACUUCACAGAAUCUAGAAGAUUUCUCAGAUUAAAUUUGAAAGUGUUCUUUACGUGGUCUUUAAGCUCUGUUUUGGUAACAGAUCAGUAUUUGGGCUGUGGAAGUCAUGAGAAAUUUUUCCAAAUUUCCAGGUUUGCUGGAAGUUUGGAAACAUACAGUACAGUGGCAACGAUUUAUACGGAUGAUUUUAACUUUGGUGUGGAAACUGCCGAGCUUGUCCACCUUGACGUCAGAGGUACAGCAGAUCCAUUGGCUGAAAUGCCUAUGUAGCUUCAAAUUAUUUUUUUAGCUACUCAGCUUGCUAAAUUAGCUAGCUUGUUGGCCAAACAUAAACAGAUAACUAGCUAAUAAGAGUAGCUGAGUAUUAUAUAAAUAAUCUAAUUAGCUCGCUAACCUUGGCCGGGUCCUGAAACGUCCAUUUUGUAACCAUGACGUCAAGGAGGACUCGGAUAUUUUACUAAAGAUAGGUGUAAAUUUUAGCGUUAGAAGUGUAGUUGUUAUAGCUUUAACAAGCUCCGAAUUGAUGCAUGAGAAAAUAAAUUGCGAGCUUGACACUUCAUUGGCUCGUUAGUCAGUUUUGCAACUUAACGGAAUUUGUGCAUUAAUGAAGGGACGGCAGUCGGCGUGUCUCAUCGGCAAAAUGCUCCGGAAGAGCAUCUGUUUUCUGAUUGGUGCUGGGAGACGCUGCCAUUCUGCCCGUCUUUUGUAUAUUCUAUAGUUAUCCUAGCGCAAUUAUCUUAGCAGAAUCUUCGAAUGUUCCAGACUUGGUCUCAGCUUCUGGGUGGAAAAAGGAAAACUUUAUUUUGUUGUCGUAGUUUGCUGGGGUUUUGUUUUCAUGAGCGCAGGUUACCGCUCGUGGGAAGGUUGCGACACACUGCCUACCUGUUUCUCCCUGUGCGAUACACACACACUCGGAACACCAGGCUGUCGUUGGGUUGUUUCUUACAUUUGAUUGACGGGUCGCUUGCUGCUACUUUUUCUGCGCACCUUUCUUUUAAGUAUCCUCUCGUUCUCAAAAAAAAAAUGAGGAAGUUUAUAUUACUGAUGCGGUCAGAUCACUCGCACACUGAUGGAAAACCUGUCAGCAUUUACCUCUGCAUAGGUUCCUAGAAAGGUUCCUGGAUUCAUCAAAUAAGUUUCUGAGGUCCUGAAAAGGUUCCUAGUAAAUUCCUUAAAGGUGCGAUUUGGGACAAAGCCAAACAAACCAGCAUGGCUAACAUCCUCAGGCUACAUUAUUCUUCCAGUUAUAGACCUACAAUAUGCACCACACUGAUUCCACUGGUUCCUGAGGAGGAGCUUAAAAAAGGUUCCUGGAACUAAAAUCAGCCAUACAUACUGCAGUUUAAAUGUGUUUGAAGUUUCUAAAAUAGUUCUCUGGGUUCUUUAAAAGGUUGCUGGGAGCAUGGACUCACCGGGCUUCCUGAAAAAAGGUUCCUGGACUCCAGAAAAGGUUCUAGGAUCAUAAAAAGGACCCUGGAUCAUUUGAAUCUGUGGAAUAUAAAUGGUUCUGUUUCCGUAAUAAGUUUAAAGGCAUUCUGGCUAAAAGUUCCUAGUUCAUUGUCCUCAGUUCCUGUUUGAAAUAUAUGGACAGAUUGUGAACCUGUUUGUGGUCAUAUUUAAAACUGGAACUUGAACAUUCCUGAGCUUUAUUUAUAAAAGAAACAGGAAGUCAGUUAAACAUAAUAAAAUCAACAAUAAAACAUUAAAAUCAUCAAAAUUUAACGAUGUAGCGGACAGCCUGGACGUGAUUCUUGCGUCCAGCUUUGUUCUGGAGCCUCAAAGUGACGAGGCUGAUGGCAAAUAUUUUCUUGACUACAUUAGAGAGGUAAAUCUAAAUAUAUAAAUACCUAUAUUUUGCAUAUUUCCUGCCGUUUCCGAGAUGCUCCUUUAUUUUCUUGACCUGCAGCAAGUUAUCACGCCUCAAAUGUCGAGAAAUGACCUUUGCUUGUUGAUACAAAUUGUAUCUAUUUCUUGAUUGUAAAAAAAAUUGAUCUGUACAGUAUUACAUAUAUACAUAGAUAUAUAUAUAUAUAUAUAUAUAUAUAAAUAUAGAGAGAGUUAUAUAUCUAUAAAAAUAGCUUAGUUUUAUUUAAAAGGAUAAAAAAACACAUUAAUGCCAUAAUGUUAGUGACACUAUGUGUCACUAGUGUAGCCCAUACAGAAGGCUUGUUUCCUGCCGGGCAAGACGUCUAUAGACAGGGAUCUCUCUCACACACGUAUUCUGUCUCUCACUCUUCAUCUCUCUUUUACCCAUCUAUUAGAAGACCGUAUAUGGCCGGUGAGUGGGUGUGGUCGAUAAAACCUGGGCGUGGUUGACUCUGAGCUGUUUGUGCAGCACUGUAUCUCUGGAUCCUGUGUGUGAUGUGAAUCUGUCAGAUGAAAGCAUGUAGUAAAGUCUCGAGAAAAAGAGACACGCCCACUCACGAGGGCCCUGACACACCGAGCCAAUGCCUGAGGACUGCAGGACCUGCAGUCAUGUGACACGUUAUUUACCGCAUCAGAGUGUAGCUUAAACAACCAACCUUGCUACCGUAUCAUUCAACAGUUAGCAAAAAUGUACUCAAAAAGGAUUCCUGGGAAUAAACUCAGGCAGGAACUACAACUGUAACAUUCCUGGGUUCCUGAAAAGGUUCCUAGUAAAAUAAAAUUGUUUGUUAAGUUAAGCCUUUAUUUGUCACAUAUACAUUACUGCACAGUGAAAUUCUUUCUUCGCAUAUCCCAUCCUUGGGGGUUGGGGUCAGAGCGCAGGGUCAGCCAUGAUACGGCACCCCUGGAGCAGAGAGGGUUAAAGGCCUUGCUCAAGGGCCCAACAGUGGUAGCUUGGUGGUGCUGGGGCUUGAACCCCCAACCUUCCGGUCAACGACCCAGAGCCUUAACCACUUGAGCUACCACCAUUAGUUCCUAAAAAGGUUCCUGUGAUCCUGAGAAGCUCCUUUAGUUCCUGAGGAGGUUCCUGAAUCCUGGUUACUGAGUUCCUGAAAAGAUUGCCAGGUUCCUGGACCUUAUUUGGAUCCUGGAUGAAGUUCCUGCGUUUAAGAAACCGUGUUCUCUGGAUUAUUAUAUCAGUUUAAUGUGUAGUUUUACUGAGUCACAAUAAAACACAUAGUUUGUCUUUCUGGAGCUCCUGCUGAUGUUGUGAUGAAAUGCUGUCCAUCAACAUCACCAUGGAUACAGAACACACCGGAAAUAAACUCCGGUCCCGUCGGCUCGGUGUGUCAGAACCCAGAAAUACUGAACAGGAAGUGACAUGACCCUCCCUCCCUCUCUCUCUCUCUCUCUUUCAUGUCCCUCUGAUGUAUGGAUGGGGGUAACACACACACACACAAAUGGACUGUAUGCUACUGUCCAAAUAUCUAUAUAAAUAAACAUAUAUAAAUAUUUUUCUUUUUGUAAAUACUGAAACCACAUGAAUUUGCACAGUAUUAGUGCUUUUUACAAGCAUGCACACACACACACACACACACACACACACACACACACACUCACACACGUCGCCUUGCUAACCCCAGCUAGCUCGGGUUUCUAUGUGUAAUAAAUAAUAUGAAUAAAUCUCUCUGGACUUUUGUGUGAACUGAAACGUGGAUUCGUGCAGAAUUCCAAUAUUUACUGAUUUUUUUUAUUUUUAUUCUUUAACACACCCUUCUCUCUCCUGACAAGUGCAUUAUGGGUAAUCUCCACAUGGUUUGGACUGUGCUUGUGUAGUGAGUGGGAUGUGGUUUUGGAUGUGAGCGUCACCAUGACGACGUACACGUGACCCGAGUUCGGAGAUAAAUGUGAAGCAGUGUUUUUUUUAUGAGAGAUGAAUUGGGACGGAACCCAAAUGAAGCAACAAGACAAGGACUAGUGACAUGUUUUGUAUUGCAUUGAGGCGACACACACACACACACACACACACACACACACUAAGCAUGUGCCGAUAUUCAGUUCUGUUAGAUAUCAGAGUAACUCUCUGAUAACGAUAAACAGAGUUUAAACAUGCCUAAAGUUUCAGAGUUCCUAAAAAAGGUUCCUGAAAUAGUUUCUAUGUUCCUGUAAGGUUCUUAGGUUAAAAAGGUUCCUCCUAAUGUUUCUGAGCCUUUAGAAAUGAUGUGUCUUGGUUCCUGAAGCCCUGGUUCCUGGGUUUCUGUCAAUUCUGUUUGUGAAAAGAUUGUGGGUUCCAGCUAAGGUUCCUGGAAAGGUUCCUAAGCCAAUAAAUAAUGUCAGCAUUUCCAGAUUCCUGAGAAUGUUCCUGGGUUCCUGAAAAGGUUCAGAAAAACUCCAUCCUACAAACUGAUUUCACUCUCUGAAAAAGUUCCAAAAGAAAAAGUUCCUUAGAAAGUUGGUGGUUCAUGAAAAGGUUCUUGUGAAAUUUUUCUUGCUGUUCAAAUGUAUUUUAUUGUGAAAUGAGAAUUUAAUAUCAGCACACACACACACACACACACACACACACACACACACCUGCCUUAUAGACUGUAAAACCCUCAGUGUGUGUGAAUCCAGGAGGACUCUUGACACAGGUGUAUGUAUGUGUGUGUGGUGUGUGUGUGUGUGUGUGUGUGUGUCAGUGUGUUCUGAAGUCAGUUCUAGAGUGAAUUCUCAUUUUAGAAACUUCCGAAGAACCGACUCUUGAGGAUCCUCGUGUCAUGGACUGCUGAGAUGUAAACUAAAACCACCGUUAUGAGAUGUGUGUAUUUCAAAUUUACCAGCUAUCUCUCACACACACACACACACACACACACACACAGACACACACACACACACACACACAGACACACACACACAGACCCAGUCUCAGGAAUGAACAGAUUCAUCAUGAACUCCACUGAAGACGUUAAUCUCGAUGUUUGCUAUGACGAAACGAUUAAACUCGCGAUUUUUUUUGUGACGCAGUGAAACGACCUCUUAAUCGUGUCCUCAGAAACAAACUCUCUUGUUUUUGUUUCCUUCUCGUACCGUGUCGCGUUCCGGUUCUGCUUCUUGCGGCGUUGCAGGCCGGCCGAGUGGACCUGAACACUCUGAAGUCUGGUGGCGUGACGGCGACGUGCGGCUGUGUGUUUGGUUCCGUGUCGAACGAAACACUCGCUUUUGAAAAACGACAACAAAAAAAAGACAAAGCCCCCCCCACCCCCCCAAAAAAGACGGAACUUUGUAACUCUUUGAGUCUGUAGACU